GUUUUUAGUCCUUGCUGCGCGUAUAGGUACCUGUAUGAAAAAGGAGCCCGUUUAUAACCACAAGGGAUUAAGAAUUUGAAAUUGGCCUGAAAAGCAAUCUCGAAGAACCGUAAUCGCAAUCGCAACCGUAAUCGCAAUGUCGUCGUUUGCUUUAAGGUGCUUUCAUUGUUACAAAAGAUUAGAAAAUUCAUCAAUGUGCCCCAAUUGUCGCGAGUUUUUACUACCGUACUUUGAAGAGAAAUCAAAAGAGGAGCUAUUAUUGGAUGAUAUAAAAAGCAAAGUAAAGGUUUGUGAAGCAGAAAUUGAAGGAUUGUGUAAAGAUCUUAACGCGAUCAAAAACGAUUGCAAGCAAUUGGAGGAGGACUAUGACUUUUUCGACAAUGAAAUGCCGCCACUGCAAGACGAUACUCUCGAAUGCAGCAUUGCGCUUGAAGACAAGGUUAAGCAGUUGCAAGCAAAAACCGACUCGCUAUUUAAAUCGCAUAAAAUCAUUGCUGAAGAAAAUAAAAUAUUAAGCGCGACACUUGACUAUGUUUCUGCUGAAAUGCAAAGACAAUCUGUUCAAUACGAACAAUUAUCAAUUGAAAAUAAAAAUUUACAAAACGUCAUUAAUCAAUUAAAUGAUAUGAAAUUGGAAACUGGAAUGAAAAUUGUGCCGUCAGUAAAUGAUUUAAACAAUUCCAGACAAGAUAAUAUAAAACAAACUAUAAACAAAACCAAGAGAUUUAAGAAGCAAUUCGAUAAACAAAUCGAUGCAACGGAUUUCGCUGACAAUAGACGUAAAUCAGAAGCUGGUGAUGAGUGUAAAAACUCUAAAAUGGGAAUAGUCCCGCCGAAUGAUUCAAAAAAAUUGAUUCAACAAAAAUCCAAAAAUAUGGCUAAAAUGCGUAAUGGUAUGAUAUUAAAUAUUCGUUUCGAUAAGUGA